CCCAACGGCGGGCUUCAAAAUUUUCAAGUUGAGGCUUUCCUACUCGGACUCCCGCUCGUUCUCUCUCUCUCUCUCGUCCCUUCGCUUCCCAUCGGGGUUUCCUUCCACAGACUGGGCUUCGGGGGACAGAUGACCGACGCUAACGAUCAGUUCUUCUCUUCCUUGAUAGCUGAGAUAAAGAACUACGAGGGUAGCGACCCUCUUCUUCCUUGGCUCCGAGGGAUCCGUAUGAUGAAGCAGGCUCUUGCGCCAGAUCUCUUGAAGCAGAAGCUCCCUCGGUUCCUUCAGAAGUGCGUCCUGGCCUUUAAAGACGAUAAGCGAUAUCGUAACGAUGCCCGAUUCGUGCAAGUUUGCGUCGGUUUGAUGGAUUUCGUGGGUGAUCCAGGGGAAUUGUUAAAGAUGAUGGAAUCCUGUAAGAUCGGCACGAAGAGGGCUCUCUUUUACCAGGCGUAUGCUCUGUACUACGAGAAACGUAAAAGAUAUGUUGAAGCUGAAAAAAUUUAUCAACUUGGAGUGGAGAUUCUUGCAGUUCCAACAGAGGAGUUGCAGAAAUCUUAUCAGCAGUUCCUUAACCGCAUUCAUGCUCAUAAAAGACGCAAGUCAAAAAUGAGGGUUUUUAAUGCUUCAACUGUCACCAUGGAGCAACGCGAGGGCCUUACUGUUGAUGGUCACGGAGAACCUACUGAUAAAGUUGGAUCAAUAACAACUGAUAAGGUGCAGCUUUCUAAGGAAGCUCUUGAUUUGGUGAGUGCUGAUGGAGCCAAAUUGCCAGCAAUUGUUUGUAGGAAAGAGAACUUGGUUACAAAUGUUGACAUCCCACUGCAAUCCAAUAAUAAAGUUGGUAGGAGGAUGAUUUUAUCUGCUGAAUCUUGUCCACCUUCCACUGUUCCUAUUGAACCUCUUUCUGAAAAUGCAGGGGAUGCAAAAUUUAGUAAAGAGUCAUUGUAUUCAGUAAAUGGUUUACAUUAUUCUUCAGCUCCCACCUCAAGUGCACUGAAAGGGGAUGUUGAUCUUGAUCUUACUCGUUCUGCUAACAUUGAACUUAGGAAUGAUGGCAAUGGUUCUGGUAUCAUUACUAGUUUAUGUGCUUCAAAAGAAACUGAACAAAUCACAGAUAAUGGGCUUGAACUACAAAAUGGAGGUGAUGUGGAGGCAUAUCAAUUCUCUUCAUUUUGUGGUGAUGACACAAUUGUAGUGUCCAAGUUUGUAGGCUGUGCUAUUGUUGGAAAGUCUGAAGCAGAAGAUGCUUGCCACCAUGGUUUGGUGGACCCAACAAUCAAUACAAAGGAGGUUAUGGAUGAUAUAAACAGCAUGUUCAAAAAGCCUUUGGAUAUACAAGUCAAAAACAGGCUGAAGCCUCAGAAAUUUCAGGUUGAGAAGGUUGGGAAGCAAGAAAAAAUUGAGAUAUUUGUAGAUGAAUGCUUGGGUGAAACUGGUAUUUCUAGUCAUGACACAGAGAACGAUGGCUUGUCAUUAGGUCCAGUGACACAUGGUGAUGAAACAAUUAUGAUUUGCAGAUUCACAGAAGCAGCACUUGUUGAUGAGUCUGAUUCGCCAGAAGGUGCUUACCAUCAUGGGUUGGUUGAACCUACCCUUUUCACAAAGGAAGCCAUGAAAGAUAUCAAUUCAAUGUUUGGUAAGCCUAUUGAAUUUGAGAAACCAUCAGUCAGACAAAAGAGGACGGGCCAUAACACAAAUAUGCAUUUGACGGGAGGGGCACUUGAGAUACUGGUUGACGAUGCUGACUCUGGCAGUGCCAACAGCUGCUUUGGAAAUGAAAAAGCCUGCAUUCUCUCACAAUCUCAGCUCAGAUGUGAUUCCAAGUUUGAGAAGUAUGAUGCACUCAAGAAACAAGAAACAAAAAAUGGAGACGAUCCUUGUAGAGGUGUCUUGACAAUCUUGGCUGAUGACGAUGAUGAUGAGGAUGGUUAUUGUGACGAUAAAUACAAACAUUUUGAUUGGGAGAAUAGGCUUCAAUGUGGUUCUCAUACAGAAAGUUGCUCAACCAUGAGAAAGGGUGAUGACAGAAGUGCGUGCAGAUUCAUAGAAACUACGGAUAUAGGUGAGACUGAGUCAGAUGCAUGCUGCCAUGGUUUGGUGGACCCUAUGAUAAACCUGGAGCAAGCCAAGAGUGACACAAACAGCAUUAAGAGGCCCCCAGAUUUCGGAGAGACAAAUGGAACAGAGCCAAAAGAGAGUGAUUUUAGGGGGAAACAGCAAUCUACUGCUGGAUUUACAGUUCUAGUUGAUGAGAAUUUGGUGGGUUCCACUUCUCAUCUGCCUAAAAGAUCUGUUCAAGAGUUUGAUUUGUUUGAGCAUACAAUUACCACCAAGGAAGCAAUUGCUGAUAUCAAUAAUAUGUUCGGAAGACCAUUGGACUAUUGAAAGAAAAUUCAAGUUUAAUGGCAGUUGAUGAAGUUUCUUGCUUCUUGAUAUGUAAAAUCACUUGUCCUCUUGAGCGUGCAACUUUUGAGGAGGCUGGUCAUGAAUGUGUCCCCAUAUUAGCCCCUUUUGUUCUAUCUGAAGCAAGUCUUUGUUGUGGAUUUGUUUCUGUUGGAUCUCAACUUGAUCUGACCAGCCUGUUAAUGAGUUGCUGUUUCAAACGUUGAUGCUUUGUGAUUUCUGAAAGUAUGGAACACUCCUAUGACAUUGUCAAAAAUCAGAUUCGCAGAUGAUAAGUUUAUGUCCUGCAUGCCUGGAGGGUGUAGUUGUGUAGUGAGGCUGCUCACAACUGUUAUGGUUGAAGGUUGACGUGCUCCCAGUAUAAGCCAAAGCAAGUCUGUCUUUGGGAAUGAGAAGGGCCGGUGUGGUCCUAUUCAUCUCUCGAAUAGGAUGUCUCAUCUUAAGUUGUGGUUUCCGUGUGUAAAAUCAGAAAAAUUCAUGUCUUACCUAUAUUGAGAACUAUCUUAGAGAGUUUUUAUAGACGUUGCCUUCAAUUUUUCCAGAAAUCUGUUCAGUGUUCGGCAAUCUCUAGCUUUAGGAUGGCAUCUUAUUAGACCAACUUGUAU